AUGAGUGGAUCGAGAGUACGUGUGGAGCUGAUGACAUCUUUCUGGCAAGAAGCUGCUAUUUAUGUGAACAAUAAUUUCGUUGUGAAUGAUUUUUUAUACUCCGAUGACACAUUUGAAGAGAUGACAAUGAUAGCACACGCCUGUCUCAUGCGGAUCACGACCGAUACGUUGUUGACAAACGUCGAUAGCGAACAAGCAAACUCUACGCUGCGAGCUGCGAGACACGCACGACAGCUGCAGGACUUACCUCAUGCUGUACAGCUGUAUCUGCAACUAAUAGUCGAAGGACCUCGAGAAGGUGACAGCUGGAGAGAACUGGCGACAUGCCUUAAAGAUUUGGACAAAGAGUGGGCGAAUGCUUGUAUAAAUAAAUCUAUAAUGCUUCAUACAAGACAUCCAUUAAGUCUUUUAUCAAAGAGUUGUAUGGUUUUUGAAGAAGACCCCGAUGCAGCAGAACCGUUUUUUGUAGCUUUACUAGCACUCUAUCCUUUUUGGGUCCCAAUGUGUGUAUGUGUUAGCGCUUACUACUUGCAGAGAGAACUGUUUCACAUGGCCCAAGCCAUUAUCGAACAAGUAAGGAAAACCAAAGCUCAAGGUAUGUCUGAUGACAUACGUUACCCGCGCGUGUGGGAUAGGGAGCUCGGGGACUGGUGGGACAACACCCCUCUACUGCCAGGCACCAACCUGUACUACGACGCAGCUGACUUACUGCUUAGAAUACGAGCUAUUUCUUUAGCAGAAGUGUGCGUAGCUCGAGCAUUUACUGAGACUGGCGAGUGUCCUGUAUAUUACCAUCUGGUCGCUCUUUGCUGUCGACUCCGUGGACAAAUCGAGGAUGCCUUGUGCCAUCUUCAUCAAGGAAUCGAAAAAUUCGGCGAAAUCAGCUAUUUAAGAAGUUUACAAGGCGAAUGUUAUCAUAAACUGAAAGAUUUGUCGGCUUCCACAGCAUCUUUGAAGAAAGCUAAAAAUUGCGGUUCAUACAUUGCCCUGUUAUCACUACCUCGUAAAGACUAUCAACGUACUCAAUCAAUAAUAUCAGAUGUUGUUCGGCGAUAUCCCAGUGCUUAUGCUUGGAUGACUUUUGCAGAUUAUUGGAUGAUGCGGAGCUUGAUGGGCGAAGGAGGUGAUGCAGAAGCCACAGAGGAACAGAAAACUGCUAGAGCCAGUGCUAUUUCAUGUUCAUUCAAAGCCCUUAGAUACGAUCGCCGUAUAGGUCGCGCUUGGACCUUGCUAGCCAGUUUAGUCAAGCCAAGGGAAAGAAGACAAUAUUGCAAGGAAAUGGCGGCUAUGAUUUGUAAU